GUUCCUUUACUUUUUGCAUGUUGCCAACUGUCAAAGUUUAGAUAUUUCAUGAUUAAGGGAGGACAGAGGAGAAGAUAGGUCAGUGUCAAAAGGACAUUUAGAUUUUUAAAGUGUUUUGUACAUUGUAAUUGUUGUAAUUAUCGCAAAAUGUUGCAUGUAAUAGCGAGGCGAGUAUCUUUACAGGGAAUAACAAUUGUUCCUUUACGAAUGUUCAGUGCAGAGGCUUCGAGUGUUAAUCAAUUUACUGUGAAUACCAAUGUAUCAGGUCUCAGCGAAAAUGUCGUCAAAGUACCAAGCACAUCUGUAGGACCUGGUGCCUCCAAAAAUACAGAAUACAAAAAUCCCGAGUAUUUCUGUUACCAUGUGGCAUCAUUUGGAGAAGCUGAAGUAGAAUUAGCAAAAUAUAGAUUACCAGCACCAUCUAAUAAGAAACCAUUUCAUAGAUAAAUAAAGAAUGAGGUCUUACAAGUAGCGAAACAAAAAUAAUUAUA